GUGACGGCAGAGGGCGAUGUUUUAAAAACAAGAUUUUAAAAAUGGCUGCGCCGGUCAUAAGAGCGUCCGUGCGAGCCGCUACUGGAAAAAGACGACUUAUUCCUAGCAGAGCUGCAUUAAACCUGACAGAGUCAGCGGCUACUAAAAUCAAGACACUGAUGGCUGAUAAACCCCAAGUACUUGGUGUACGAAUUGGAGUUAAAACAAGAGGUUGCAAUGGACUCUCAUAUACACUGGACUAUGCAUAUGAGAAACAGAAAUUUGAUGAGGAAGUUAUCCAAAAUGGUGCUAAGGUGUACAUUGAUUCCAAGGCCCAGCUAACAUUACUAGGAACCGAGAUGGACUUUGUUGAAAAUAAACUGAGCUCAGAAUUUGUAUUUACAAAUCCAAACAUCAAAGGAACGUGCGGAUGUGGAGAGAGUUUUAAUGUCUAGAUUAUUGUGACUAUAGACAGUGGUGUUGUCAUAGAGGAAUCAAGGAAUCUUGAGUACACCACAAGAAAUCUUGAAUACACAAUGAAGAAUCUUGAAUACAUCGAAAAAGAUUCAAUUUUGGAACGCAGGGUUUGUUGAUCAGAACGCUGUAUUUACAUUUCUGAGUAUACAUUUUGAUUGAUUAAAAUUAUGCAUGUUGUGAGAUUAAUUUAUUAGGACAUGCAAAUGAGUACGUCACUGUUUAGUUCACUUAUAUUGUUGUAGUCAUGGAGUAAAUGGUACCCCCUAACCCUUUGAUCGCCACAUCUUUCUCCACUAAAAUCUUGGUGCACCAUUUUGUACAUUUCUGUGUAUUUUCUUUGUUAAUCGUAGCCAUUCAUUGCAGAUCUUGAUCAAUUUCUUGAAAAAAUUUGAAAAGAUUUACUCAAGUCACCUUGGCGUUCAGAGGGUUAAGGCAGUUAGAUCUGAAUUCAAAUUUUACUGCACAUGUGCACAACAUAUUAUGGAAGAGAACCUUCCAUUGUAUCUACCGGUAAUUAAAAACUAGUGUCACCCUGGCAUACCCAUACUUGUUUUCAUGUAAGCAAUAAUUUGUGAAUUCAUCAUUGUAAAAAGUUAUAUUUUGGUGAUCGUUUGUAAUUGAGAAAUGGCAUGUACAUACGCCUGUAUAGUCAUAGACCUUGGAGAUAGGCUAUGUUACAAUUGUUGUACAAGUCGCAGAGAAUAAUUUAGAAAAAGGUGAUAGAAUAAAACAUAAGAAGUUUACUAGCAUUACCAACACACUUAUUUACAAAGUAUGGCUGUCAAUUAUAAUUCCCUGAGUUGCAACACAACAUUGUCAGCAUCUUGUUUUUAUAUUUUCACUUAUCUCAUUUUUGUUUCAGAAUUUUAAUAUUUUGUAACAAUCUGUAGCCAUCAGUUUACAAUUUAGGAGCCUUUCCAGAUCUAGAUCAUUGAGUAUAUGUCAGAAUAAAAGCUGAAAUGAGCAUAUGUUACCUUUGAUUAGCUGAAGCCUGUGCACUGAAUAAAAAAAA